AAUGUGCACAAACAAUGUAUCUGGAGCACUUCCACUUGGCAUCUUGAUCACCAGUGAUGAGCAGGAGCGUACACUUAAACAGGGCUUUGAAAUGUUUCGGUCCUGUUUACCAGAGUAUGCAUUCAAUGAUCGUGGUCGGGAACAAGGCCCCCAAGUCAUCCUUACAGACAACUGUAAAGAGGAAAGAAAUGCUCUGAAGUCUGUUUGGCCAACAUCUGUUUUACUUCUUUGCAUCUUCCACAUGCUCCAACAACUUUGGAGAUGGCUUCACGAGAGCAAGAACAGUAUCAGCCAAGCAGAUAGACCCUAUUUUCUCACCCUUUUCAAGAGGUCCUUAUAUGCCGAGACAAAACAAGAUUUUGAGAACUGCUUCAGUGAACUUUUGAAUGAUGGCCGUUGCAAGAAAUACCCAAAUCUAGUCAGCUAUUUGCAAAAUCUAUACAAUGACAAAGAAUCUUUUGCUCUAUGCUUUAGAACUGAACUGCUUGUUAGAGGUAACCACACCAACAAUUUUGCUGAGGCUCAGUUUUUGGUUCGUAAGGAUGUAAUUCUGCAGCGCACCAAAGAGUACAAUGUUGUUGGGCUUCUAGACAAGCUGACUAUUGAUCUAGAAGAUCACUACAAGAAUAAGCUCCUUAGUAUUGCUGAUGGGAGUUUUGAUGGCGUGUACAGACAUCGCUUCUUUGGCAAAGGGAAAGACGGAAGCACAGGGUUUAAAGUCCCCGAUAAAAAAGAUCUUGAUGCCUACCUCUCAACUGUAGAGAACUUUGGCAAUAAUGUAUUCAAAGUUGGAAGCUCUUCAGAUAGCAGUCACAGUUAUACAGUGGACAUGACUCUUGGGAUAUGUACCUGCACGGUUGGUAAAAACGGGAGCCCAUGCAAACACCAGUAUGUCCUGUGGGUGGCAAAUCUAGCAGACUGCAUAAACUUCAUUCCAGUCAGUAACCCACAUGAGAGGCAGAAAUUGGCCUGGCUAGCAAUAGGAAAGACACUUCCUGUUACUUGUUAUAAGCCAUUACGCUCUAGUGAUGCUGGACAAACAUCACAAACUGAUGGUUCUAAUGGUUUUGUAACAGAGGCAUCCACUAGUAUGGAAACAGCACAACAAGGGCCAAACUGCUCAACUGCUGAACUAAUACAGAGCAAUGAUGAUGAGGAUGAACAUUCCACUGAACCAAUACAGAGCAAUGAUGAUGAUGAGGAUGAUUCCAUUGCAAAUGCUGAACAAUUGUUGAGAAACUCUUGUGAACAAAUAAUUCAAAAGCUCCAAAGCUCAAGAGACCUUAAUUUGGCUAAAGGUGUAAUCAGGUUUGCAAAAAGGGUAACAUCCUUAACCGCUGCUAGAUCUAUGCAUUCUAAUUUGGCAAGCGCUCUUUUUUCUUUCGGGUCCAGUGAGGUGAAAAAAACCGGAAAUGGAAAAAAGAUCCGAGUCCAGCCCAACAGAAAACGAAAGUGUGGUAGUGGAAGCCGUCAGGUUGUAUCAAAAGGGCGACCAGUACAACUACAAGAACCAACCUCCAAGAGGAAGCGCACCCAUGACUUGGCUAAAGCAGUACAAACAAACACUAAAAGUAGUAAGAAGUCUGGGUCCCAUACUAUGAAAUCCAAGACAAAGCACAUGCAAAGGAAAAAAUAGGAAAACAGAGAAAUCUUAGUGAAUAAACAAUGGAAUGUUUGCAUAAUGUUUAACAUAGAGGGAAAUUCACUUAAGGCAAAUUGCCUAGAUUAAAAACCUGUCUCCUUGGAUCUGCCCCUGAACAACAAGGUUAUUAAAAAGAUUGAGGUUUUGACAUUGUAAAUAAGUUUUAAUUCAUUCUUUCCUGUUAAAGUCUAACACAACAUUUGUAAUGAUUUAAAAUUUGGUUUGAACAGUAACAUGAUGUACAUGUGCCAGAACUUAUGGAUUCUUCCAUGGGUUCAGAUAAUUGGUACGAUGCCAUACAACUGUAUAGUACCUUGUGGGUAUGAAGGUUUGUUUGCUGAUAUCCUGAUUGAGGAAAAUUAUAAGCAAAAUUCAGCCAUUGAUUCACAUGGGGCGCUAACUAAUACUCAGGUAAAUUAAGGCCUGGGCCUCCAGUUAUUUCACCCAAAAAGUGGGGGGGUGGGCUAUCUUCUGAAGAUUAAGCUGUACAAACGUAAAACUUUGAAAAGAUUGAAGGUUUGAAAUUUUAAAUAAGUUUUAAUUCAUUCUUUCUUGUUAAAGUCUAACACAACAUUGUAAUGAUUUAAAAUUUGGUUUGAACAGUAACAUGAUGUACAUGUGCUGCAAUGACCACAAUUAAUUUCAAAAAUCGAUAAUAAUAAUUUAAAAACAAAAACAAUUAUGUAUUAUAGAUUGAUCCAAUAGUCCUUUCAAAUCAUCUCCAGUUAAAAUCACUAAAUGCAGGAUAGGUUAAUUAAACAUGUGACUUUUGGUGUCUUAUAAGAUUUCGUUUCUCUGCAAAAGUCUUUUGACAAUGAUCAC